CACAACCAAAUAGGCUGGAGCAAAACAGACAAGGAGGGGGGAGAAAAGGCAAGCAAAUGCAGAGAAAUUCAGCCUUUCUUCUUCCUCUAAUUUGAUUUCUGGACAGAGCGAGAGACAGCAGGGAAGAGGCGCACUCAUCCUCCACCACCCCCACCUCUCAAAACAAGGAAAACCAGGGCUAGGCCACAAGUCAUUAGUUCUUGGUGGACAAGCACUGACAAAAGGCUGGAGGGAGAAGAGGGAAACCUCACCAGGAACUAUGGAGGACUGAGAGGACCAGACAGACGCUCUUCUUGCUUUUGUUUUCAGAGGAGAGAAGAAGAGAGAGAUCACUUCCUUCUGUUGUGCAUUUUAAGAGGGAAGAGCAGGCAGAGUCCACGUCGCCUCUUCCUGCAUGACCACAUGAAAGUGAUGUUGUCAUUGUGCGGACAUUGACCUGCUUCCCUUGAUUUGGAAUUUCUCCAUUGUGGGUCAAAAUGCUGCUGCAGCUGCUGCUGAGAGGAUUACAGCAGGAUACGGGAGCUGUGUCUGCAGCCUUGCAAGAUCUAGAGCGAGAAAAGGAUUUAUUUCUCUCCCAGUGAGAAGCGUCAGACACAGCACAUUGAAGAGGUGCCUCGGCUGAAGCGUGACAGCGGAGGACUGGGCAGCUCGCGCAGGAUUUGAUUUGACCAUCUCUCAGGGACUUCCGGAAAAAAACAAGACACAUUUCGGAUAAAAGAAGAGGGAAAACGGCGACAGACAUUGACAGGAAUGCAUAAGUAAAAGUUGUGACAGUGAAACUGUUUCCAGGUCAUAGUGGAGUAGGAGGAGACAGGACGGGUGUUGUUUUGGGGGGCUAAACACCCUCCCCCGGUGCUAAAGCUCAUUUUUCUGUCAUUGGUAUCCGCUUGUUAAACUGGAGGACUGUUUUUGUGUUGAAUGAUAGCACAUAGACACCGGAAACGCUAAUUCCGUGGAGGUAACGAGGAGUCAAACAAGCCGGACUUUUGAUGUUUGUGUUACCUUGACAGCAACCAGAAAUCUUGGCUGCCUGUCCCAUUUUCUUCUUCGGUGGUUCGGUAACCAAGCGAUGGCCAUGGUGAGUGGGGGCUGGGGAGAUCCCAACGGGGGCACGAACGGGCUGGGGGACAAGAGCUAUCUGCGGGGCGAGGAGGAGGACGGCUCCCCCCAGGCGGGAGGGAGCGACAUGGAGGCCGGAGACGACGACAAGGCCUGCGUGGUGGACUGCGUGGUGUGUGGGGACAAGUCCAGCGGGAAACACUACGGCGUGUUUACAUGCGAGGGCUGCAAGAGCUUCUUCAAGAGGAGCGUCAGACGUAACCUCAGCUACACAUGCAGGUCAAACAGAGAGUGUCAGAUCGACCAGCACCACAGGAACCAGUGCCAGUACUGUCGACUGAAGAAAUGUUUCCGUGUUGGCAUGCGCAAAGAAGCAGUUCAACGCGGUCGCAUCCCAACUCAGCCGAGCCACAGCCCCUCUAUCACGCCCAUAGGAGGCGCCAGCGGCCUUGGCGGCGAGUUCUAUAACAACAACAACAACAACGGGGGAAGCGGUGGAGGUCAGCCAGUGUCGGAGCUCAUUUCCCAGCUGCUGCGAGCCGAGCCGUAUCCUAGCAGUCGCUAUGGACACCAGUACAACCAACAGGCAGGUCCAGAUAAUGCCAUGGGAAUCGAUAGCAUCUGUGAACUAGCUGCUCGGCUGCUAUUCAGCACGGUGGAGUGGGCCAGAAGCAUCCCAUAUUUCCCAGACCUUCCUGUUUCAGACCAGGUGGCCAUGCUGAGGCUGAGCUGGAGCGAGCUCUUCAUACUUAACGCCGCCCAGUCAGCCCUGCCGCUCCACAUGGCUCCCCUGUUGGCAGCGGCCGGCUUCCACUCCUCGCCUAUGUCUGCGGAGCGUGUGGUGUCCUUCAUGGACCAGGUGAGGGUGUUCCAGGACCAGGUGGACAAGCUGACCCGGCUGCAGGUGGACUCAGCCGAGUACAGCUGCCUGAAGGCCAUCGCGCUGUUCUCACCAGACGCCUGCGGUUUAACAGACCCAGUCCACGUGGAGUCUCUACAGGAGAAGGCUCAGGUGGCUCUGACCGAGUACGAGAGGAUGCAGUACCCGAGUCAGCCCCAGCGCUUCGGACGCCUGCUCCUACGCCUCCCCGCCCUACGCGCCGUCCCCGCCAACCUCAUCUCGCAGCUCUUCUUUAUGCGCCUGGUAGGAAAGACCCCUAUCGAGACGCUGAUCCGUGACAUGCAGCUCUCCGGAAGCUCCAUCAGCUGGCCGUAUGUCCCAGGACAGUAGCUGCUCCCACCCCUCUGAUGGACGAGGUCUCCGUCUGGGAUUAAUGACGACAAGGACCCACAGGAAACCUCCUGACUCAUCACCUUCCAUCUGUGUGGUUAUGAAACUGCAGGGCUGGCUGUCAUACGUACUGUACUGUAACCGCUCUAUUCCCUUUCAUUAAACGAGUCCUCCGUCUCCUGAGAAGAGAGGGGUCGGUGCCAGGUCGGAUCUGUCUUGUUGCCAGCCCACUCCUUCUGGUGCCAGAUCUCAGGCCAAAGACCAGAUCAUCAUGCUGGGUCCCGAUAUGGUCCCCACAGCUAGUCAUGUACCACCCACAUGCUACAGUGACAAAAGACGCCGCAGUUUUCAUGUAGAGGGCAGCAGCACCCUGCUACAAACACAUCAAGAGGACAAAACUGUCCUGCCACUGAAAAACACUGGGCUCAUUUUUCAUGGCUCACCAUUUGUGAUACAGUGAUCUUUUUAUCCAAGUAAAUAAACAUUACAAGACGAAAUCAUGAUAGAGCUGUUUAUAGAGAAAGGAACCUGCUGCCAUACAGUGGACUGGAGCAUGACACAGCAAGGAAAUGAAAAAAUGUAAACUUGCUGCAAAAGUACGUUAAAAAUGGAAGCAAAUGAAAAUAAAACCAAGGAAUGAAAUCACCAAAGUCUAUCGUAACAUUCUCAGAGAUGGUUUUUAAAUGAUAAAGCAGAGGGAUGACUCUUUUUGACUGCCUAACCAUCGAGAGAACAAUGCAUCUACAUUCAUCCACAGGGCUUAAUGUUGCUGAAUUGAGAGACGUGGGAAAAAAAGAAAUGACAUGAGAACAGACUAUUACCUCACAAGACAUCAGAAUGCUUUAGUCUGAUAUUUCCUAAAAACACAAACCUCCGUAAAUGUUGUUCACCAGGAACCGCCUUCUUUUUGACAACUGCCUUGUUAUUCAGUAAGAAUUUGGGACACUUCCGAAGCAUUACAAACAUUCAUGUUGUAUCUUUUUAGAAAAAAAAAUCUCAACAGUGUUUUCACUUGUUUUAAAGACGGCUGUUAUAUAUUGUUUGGACGUGUUUUCCUUUUCUUUAUUGGGUAUCGGCAGGCUGACUUCGGUUCUGGUCAAACAAACCAAGAUAUGAUAAAUCUACUUGGCGGUGAAAGAGUUAAAGCCAACACUAGCAGUUAAAUACCAGUUUACUUCAUUCAGUGCUGUUUCUGGGGUUGUUGAUCCCUUGAAUUAAGUAUUGAAUUGUAUAUAUAUAUUGAGGCCAACUUUGUCUUUUUGCAUGUUGAAAUGUUUUGGAUCUCUGCUAAGUUGAAACACUUUGAUUCUUUUCUAUUCAAGCUUCAUUUAAACGUUUGAGUAUUGCUUUUACUGUUAGCUUCUAAAUGUUUUGUUUCUAUUUGUAUUUACAUAAAAAUACCUCUUACAUCUGUUAAAGAUGUCAAAAAAGAAGCUUACCUUCAUGCCAUUUACAGCUGAUGUGAUAAUGAGAUAUUCAUGCUGUCAUCUACAAGCACCUGAGUGAGUCUCUGCUGCUGCGAGACGAUGCUGUAAUGUAUGAAAAGAAACUGUACAUGUAGGAUAAAAUGCCAAAAUAUCACAAAAUGCAAGGAGGCAGGCCUUGAUUUGCUGGUCCACCAGGAUUUACCUCAAAUUGGUAUUUCAAGAUGCAUGUUUACAAAAUUAUGAAAUGGAUAGAUAUAAGAGAGUAAAGCCUGUAAUUAAAUCUAAGCAUUAAGGUCAGGCGUAUCCCUGCUUCUUGAUCUACCAACAGGCCUUUUGAACGAUGUUUGGAUUUCCAUCUUUUAGGCAACAACUCAUUCAAUUAUUUCAUCACUGAAUUAAAAAAAAAAGUAUAUAAUUAAUGUUUUCUUAUCUUUGUGUUACUGAGUUCUUACAUUUUUAAAGUUUUCUGUGUAUGGCAAUGUUAUUAAAAGAAUAAAAAGGUGACAGUGUCAUUUGUUUUUCGUUUAUUUUUUGCAAACUACUUGAAAAAAGUUGUAAUUACAUCUGUAUGAAGAAUGCCAAAUAAACACUGCAACAUGUACCAUCAA